GCACAGAGACGUUCUCCAAAAUUAAACAGAAGUUUUAUUAUCAGAUGUAAAAAGGGUAACAAAGCUUUGGGUUGUCAGUCGCUCUCCACACUCUCUCGAAAGCCAACAACCCAGAUUAUUCAAAAAACACACAUAUUUAUUCAGUAUUUGACGUCGUUCUCAUCUUCUGACUCCUCCUUCUUUGUUAGUUCCUGCAAAACAACAUCUCUCUCAACACAUGUUUUACAUCCUGUGGUCAGUCGCUAGUUUCGGGGAGUGUUCCCUAGAGACAGUUUUUAUGGCCGGACAACAUACCAACAUUCUUAACAUUCUUUUAGUAAAAAGAAAACACUCAAUCAUCAAUGCUUUUAAUUAUGUAGCGUUGUUUCUUAAUCCUAUGAUUCAUUAAAACACAUCACAACUCAUGAUUAUACUUAAAACAUAUGCAGUGGAUUGAUUCAUAACAUUUCUUUUCUGUGUGACUCUUUGUGUGUGUGUGUGUGUGCUGACUUAGUUAGAUUUAUGGCUUCACCCCCUCUUUUCACACACACUCUGUCUUUUGUCACAGUCAUUUUCCACUGAGUAAAAUAGCAAGCACAUGAUAAAAGCACACAGCUUAAUGAUUUAAUGAAAGAAAACACUUAUUGAUUAUAUUGAUAAUUAAAUCAUACUUUUAACUGAAUAAUAUUUCCACACUCGCAAUAACUUUGUAGGCUCAUCAUUGUGAGAAAUGGACCAGAGCAAACUGUUACAGCUAUCCGCGAUCGGAGAGGCGGAUUAACGAAAAAGUAACACGCUUCAGUUUGAUCCUCAUUACAAAUGUUCUAAUGAUGAGAAAUGUUUUCACUGUGGACAUUUCUGUUGUGUGUUGAUCUCACUGUUUGCUUUUACCUCUGCUGCCGUCAUCACGAAGGCUCAUAGAUAGUGUGGUCACUCAAUUCACUUUUACUUUCAUUUGAUUUGAAUUCAGUGACCACACCAUAUUUCACUCUUUGAAUACGUGUUUUCUGGACUCUGGACUACCACUGGAUCAAAACAGUAAGUUAAUAUUUAUUUGGGUUCUGUGGGUGGAGCUUGUUUUCCUCACAAUAUAUUUUUUGUUAUUGUCUAUUUCAUAUUUGUGUGUUAUAGUCUGUAUUGGAACACCGCAUAUCUAUAUGUGCUUUGUCACUGUUAACCGUUCGUGUUUAAAAGCAAUAAACAAAUAGGAGAGAAAAACAGUAAGAUAUCUGCCGUCAACCAACGGGUUGGGAAAUGUUAAAACAGCAUAUAGAAACAGAGAUUUAUAGUGGGCAUGAACUGACAGUUUUGUGAUGUGAAAAGUGAAAGUAACAAGAAUCUGCUUUGUUUAACAAAGAGAAUAUGUGUUGCAGAAUGGCUUCUAAACCCCUUUUCUCUGAAGAGGAUCUCUCCUGUCCGGUGUGCUGUGAUAUCUUCGUUGAGCCAGUUGUGUUGUCUUGUAGUCACAGUAUGUGUAAAACCUGUCUGCUGAAUUUCUGGACCACUAGGACUGAUGAUGAGUUUUGGGAGUGUCCUGUUUGUAGAAGAAAAUCAUCUAAAUCUCAACCCCCAUGCAACCUUGCGCUGAAGAAUCUGUGUGAGGUUUUCCUAAGGAAUAAAAGUCAGAAAGCUCCAGAUAAGUUGGAAUUCUGCAGUUUGCACAAUGAGAAAAUAAAACUCUUCUGUCUGGAGGAUAAACAGCCGGUGUGUCUUGUAUGUCAAACAUCUAAAAAACAUAAAAAUCAUGACCUUUGUCCUAUUGAUGAGAUCGUGCAAGAUCAGAGGGUGGAGCUCAAGGCUAUGCUGAAGCUAAUACAACAAAAACUGAAGCUCUUUAAAAAAAUUCAGCUCAACAAUGAUCAAACCAUAGAGCACAUUAAGUUUCAGACCCAGCACACAGAGAGACAGAUUAAUAUGGAUUUUGAGAGACUUCACAGUUUUCUUCGAAAUGAAGAGGCAGCCAGGUUAGCUGCACUGAGAGAGGAAGAGACACAGAAGAGCCACAUCAUGAAGGAGAGGAGAGAAAAGAUGAUGACAGAAAUAGCAAAUCUUUCAGACAUAAUCAAGUUCCUAAAGAAGGAAUUGAAAGCUGAAGACAUAUUAUUCUUACAGAAUUUCAAUAACACGAUGGAAAGAGCCCAGCAGGCAAGCACACCACAAGACCCUGAAAAGAUUUUUGAAUCUCUGAUGGACGUAGCAAAACAUCUGGGAAAUUUGCAGUUCAGAGUCUGGGAGAAGAUGCAAAGCAUCGCUCAAUACAGUCCUGUUAUUCUGGACCCAAACACAGCAUCAAAACAUGUCAUGUUAUUUGAUGAUCUUACUAGUUUUGUACAUUCAAGUGGUAAUCUAGACAGUGCAGAAGAAGAUGAUUAUGAAAUAAAUGAAGAUGAUGAAGAAAAUAUAGCGGAGACUGAAGAUGGUGUAGAAAAAAAUACUUUACAUGAUGAUGAUGACGACGAGGAUGAUGACGAGGAUGAUGACGAAAGGGAAGCAGUUGAGGAUGAUGUAGAAGAAGAAAGUACAGUAUAUAAUGAUGAUGAAAUAAAUGAAGAUGAUGAAGAGAGGUUAGUAGAGGUUGGAAGUGAUGUAGAAGAAGAAAUUACAAUAUAUGAUGAUGAUGACGAAGAAGAAAAUGGAGUUUACGAAUUCGACACAGACCUUGAUGAUAGUAUAGCAUAUGAAAAUGAUGAAGAAACAAAUGAAGAAAGAGCAGAUGAUGAUGAUGAUGAUGAUGAUGAUGAUAAAAAUAAGGGGAGAAAAACGGGAGAUACUGUGUUAUCAAAGCCUCCUGAUAAUCCAGAGAGAUUUUGUGAUAGACAUUUUGUUCAAGGUUUUGAAGGCUUUAACUCAGGAACACACUGCUGGGACACUGUGGUUAGUGAGACUACAGAUUGGACUGUUGGUAUAAUGGAAAAGUCUCCCAAUGAAAGUAAGAAUGAUAUUUGGAAAAUUGCACAUGUUAGUAAUCAUUAUGAAAUAGAAUCACCAACACAGUCACCUAUCAUCCUCUCUGUGAAAGAUAAACUCCUAAUGGUCAGAGUUGAGUUGGACUGGGAAAGAGAAAAGCUUUCAUUCUUUGAUCCUCUCACUAACACAUGUCUGCACACAUUUACUCAGCAUUUUACUCACACAGUCUUUCCAGUUUUUGGUAUUAACAGUGAACACGGUGCUUUACGUGUCCUACCGCUUGAGUCAUCAGUAACACUGUUCCAACCCAAAACAAAUACUGUGUGAUAUUAAAAAUGAAGUCUGAUUAUUUCAUUUGCCCUAAACAAUGUUGCUAAUGAUGCUUUCACUACUGGCUACACAAACACACACACACACGUUUGUUUAAAAGUACAUUAAUGGGAAUUUUUUAAUGCCCAGACCUGUAUGCAUCACCCCUCUUCGAAUCAGUCCUCCACACACAGACUGAAAAUAGGCUUACAGUAAAUAUACAGGUAUUGUUUUAAUGAUGCUUGACAGGAAUUAAUAGGCUCCUCCCACUUCUACGUUUAAAACUUCAUUUCCUGACAAUUCUCUUUAUGAAUGCUUUUCAUUGCCCGAAAGCCAGUGUGUUCUUUGAAGGCCUUUUUGGACAUCCAGACCGAAGUCAAAUGUUUGAGUGCCGAAUGCAAAUGUUUUGUGAGAUGACCGAUGACCAGUAGAGGGCAUCAUUGUAUUAUGCAUGUUACUUUUCCUCUGUGUGUAACUUACUGAAAAGUGUAGUAGUGUGUUGAACAGGUCUGCAUUUACGACUGCACAGAAUUACAGCAUUACUAAAAAAAAAAUACUGCAUUGCUCUCUUCUGUCUCAGUAAUGAUGCUGUACAAAGAAUAUUAGUGUAUAAAAUGAUAAGCUGCCAAUUUGUCUUUUACUGUGAAAUUAGCACUGAUAGUAAAACCAUACUGAUGUUGGCAAUUAUUUGCAAAGCUUCAAUUGUUGGAUGUAUGCGUUUCUUUUAACACUUCAAGCCCUGCUGUAGGUUUAAAAUUUUCUGACAAUAAAGAUAAUAGAAAAUCAUGUCUUGUCAGGUGAUUUGUACUCUGUACGUCACAGACGAACCAGAUAAAAAAAUUCGUUAGGACCUCUGUGUCUCACCGCCACAGACCCGCCCAGGUCCAUAUAAAAACUUGAGGCAGCGUCCGCGGUAGUGAAUAGUGAACGUGACACACGAUGAGGAUUAUAUGCGAAAUUCUGCUGUUUAUGUCUGCGGGAUAUGAUACGGCUUUCGGGAUAUUAAGCGGUAAGCGUUAACAUUUUUGCCCAUGAGUGUCGAUUGUUUAGUAGUUGUUUUUGUGAUAGCGUCUUGACCGGAUAAGAUGGGAAACUCGCGUGCCUGAGCAUAAACGACAAGCGACAGAACACCGGACCCGCGGUAGGGAGCAUAGUAAUAACUUUGAUAAAGUUGUGUGUGAUUGAACAUGAACAGGCGGACAUACAAGAUGCUUCACGGGCUAAAGACGCGCGGUAGGCGGAGUGGGUGUGUUCGACACGCUUACAUGUAACGUUACAGUUGUGCAGACAGCUACUUUCACUUACAGUAAAAGACAACAAAGUAAACUUACUGUCGUUAUCUAUCUAUCUAUCAUAUGGUGCUGUUACCAUAUAUAUGACUUAGCUGGGCUACACGAGGUGUGUGAUAGGUUGUCGAAACUCACUAGGAUUUAGACCUUCAUACGUUUCAUUAUUAGUCAGCAUGGUGUGAGAAUUUAACAAUAAACAAUGAUUCAACUGAGAAAAAUGUUGAUAUAAUAAGUUCUGAGACGGUAAUAAUAAGACACCUGUAAUAAAUUAGAAGUCUUAAAAAUGGAGUUGUAGUGAGUGACACUGACACACACCAUUUACUAUUUAGAAUACAUUUUGUUUUGUUUGAUCAGAAUGUCCCACAAAGCAGGAAAUACCUUCAUGUGAGGACCUUCAGACAUCCGGGGGAUUCACUUACCAUGUGCCUGACAAUGCGGGGAUGCAUCUAACAGAUGAUUGCGAACAUGGGUGGUAUUACCUGGUAGGUUUAUUGCAGUUUUUUAUAUAAUUAAAAUAGUAAUAAAAUAAAUUAAAAUGGGUUUGUAAUUCUUAUGUUUUCUGCGUGCAGAAUGGAACAUGUAUCGCUGAUUCAACGGACAAUGGGAAAAAAUCAGGAUUUGUAAGGAAUUUGACCAUGAGCACCUGUUUGAACCUUGAAUGGCAGGUUGACUGUCCCAACAGUAAGGAGGUACAAACCAUGUGUCUGUGUAUUUACAUCAUUAUAGUAUAUGUAACAGUGUAUGAUCAAAUGUCAUUUUGAAUGUUCUAACAAUGUUUGUUCUUCCUUUACAGCCUCAUUGUAAGAUCAUCUUUUCUGGUAAGUACUCUCAGUUUUUUACUUUGCCAAGUAAGUUUUUCACUGUAUUAAAUAUAAAAUAUGCUUUUGUCUGAAGUUUUAGAACUAAGCAAAUCAACAAACAAUGACUCCCAGACAGGAAAUAAGACAUGUUCAGAAGACAAACAAGAUUGUAAUCAGAAAGAAGACCCCAAUGGUAAUAGCAAAGUGUUUUUAAUAUUAUGUUACCUUUUUUGCCUUGUUUAAUAACAUCUUUUGACUGCCUACUUUUUCUGUUGUCGUGCAUUUCAACAGUUUUAGAUCCCCAGACAAUUAUUUUAAUUGUGACGGGAAUUGUGAGUGUGCUGGUUGGUUUGUCUGUUGCCUUUUGGAAAUGCUGUCUACAACGUGGAAAAGG